AAAAUGGAUAAAAGAUGGAGUCUUCAAGGUAUGACUGCUCUUGUAACGGGUGGGGCCAGCGGAGUCGGGUAUUCCAUAGUAGAAGAGUUAGCUAGUUUUGGAGCUAGAAUCCAUGUAUGCGACAUCUCUGAAACUUUUCUCAAUCAAAGUUUAAGCGAAUGGGAAAAGAAAGGGUUUCAAGUGAGUGGCUCAAUCUGUGAUGUAACCUCUCGUCCUCGUAGAGAAACUUUGAUACAAAAAGUCUCCGUGCUAUUCGAUGGCAAACUCAACAUUCUUGUGAACAAUGUGGGCGUACUUCGUGGGAAGCCAACAACAGAAUAUGUUGCAGAGGAUUUCACUUUCCACAUCUCAACAAACUUAGAAGCUGCUUUCCAUUUUUCCCAGCUUUCACAUCCUCUCUUAAAGGCAUCAGGCUAUGGAAGCAUCAUCUUUAUUUCCUCUGCUGCAGGAAUUGUAUCAGUCGACUGUGGAUCAAUUUAUGGCAUAACAAAAGGAGCUUUGAAUCAGCUAACUAGAAAUUUGGCUUGUGAAUGGGCAAAAGAUGGUAUAAGAUCAAACGCUGUUGCGCCUAAUGUUAUAAGGACUCCUCUGUCUCAAUCUUAUCUUGACAGCGUUGGUUUCAAGGAAGGAUUGUUCAAUAGAACUCCACUGGGUCGCGCUGCAGAGCCCAAUGACGUUGCAUCGUUAGUGGUAUUCUUGUGUCUGCCUGCAGCUUCUUAUAUCACUGGUCAAACCAUUUGUGUUGAUGGAGGUUUCACUGUUAAUGGCUUCUCCUAUCAACCACAUGCUUGAA